UUUGUGUAUACAACGUUUGUGGAGAGUCAGGCGUAAACACAAACGUCGGGAUGAUCCAGACUAGUUGAGAAUAAACAGCUGGAUCCGCCACUUUUUCUGGACCGGAAACGAGUUAUCGUUCUUUUCCUAACACAAAUAACAGAUCAAAGUUCACAGACAGUGGUCAUAGUCUUGUUUGUGGGAUGUUUAAGUGGACGUAGAAAGAUGACAGAGAGACUGAAGAUAAUAUUUGGUCAUUUGGAUUCUGCUUCUUCGGUGUCACACAUACCAACAUUAGCCACCAGCAGGGCUGCUCCAAAUGUCAACUCUACGUUUCGCUACACACUAGACAAUCCGAUUUUGUCACAUGAACAGAGACAAUUCUACGAGGACAAUGGGUACCUGGUCAUCAGAAAUUUGGUGUCCAAGGAGAAACUGGAUGUGUACAGGGAACAUUUCGGAAAGAUAUGCAGAAAGGAGGUUGAAGUACCCAUUGGGUUGACCAUCAUGAAGGAUGUGGCCAUCGCACGGUCUGAGUUUCUCCCAGGACAACAGGCCAUCACUAAACUUCAGAACUUUGAAAAUGAUGAAGUAUUGUUUGGCUACUGUACUCUACCAGAGAUCGUCCGAUAUGUUCAUGCGUUCACAGGAAAGACUGCAAAGGCCAUGCACACUAUGCUGAUCAACAAACCACCAGAUCCAGGCAAGAAGACGUCCAGACACCCGAUGCAUCAGGACCUGCAUUACUUCCCUUUCAGGCCUGCAGACAGGAUUGUCUGCUCUUGGACAGCCAUGGAGAAGGUGAACCGGGAGAAUGGAUGUCUGGUUGUGUUACCUGGUUCUCACAAAGGGGAGCUACUCCAGCAUGAAUAUCCAGAGUGGGAGGGAGGUGUUAACAAGUUGUACCAUGGAGUGCGAGAUUUUGAUCCCAACGCUCCGAGAGUCCAUCUUCCCAUGGAGACAGGAGACACUGUCUUUUUCCACCCUCUGUUGAUCCAUGGAUCUGGAAUGAACAAGACUAAAGGUUUCAGAAAGUCCAUUUCAUGUCACUAUGCUUCUGGUGAAAUCAACUUCAUUGAUGUCAAAGGCUCCAUUCAAGACAGCGUAGAGCAAGAACUUAUUGAGAUGUCGUCAAAAAUAUUGCUGUCCAAAGGUGUGGAUCCCAAGUUUGUAACGAUGAAGGACAUUUGGAUCUUCAAAAGUCGGGAUGUGUUCUUGCCAGAAGAUGGAGGGCAGGAUUGAAUUAUUGUGUUUGAAGAUUGGGUUUUAGUCUUUAAGAAAGUGAUGUUAGUGACAUUGUAUAUAACUUAAAUUACAUGUACUAAAUUUGCAUGUGAUUUAAUUGAACUGAACUUUGUGUUUUUUUUAAAAAGUAUCUAGAUGGGUGAAAUGAACAAAAUACACCCUGUUUUUAUCUGUUUAUCUCUCUGUAACUUCAACCUUGCUCUUAAGUUUUGAACUUAAUAUUUGAUGAACUUUAAAAUAUCAAAAGUUUUACUGUUGAUAUCUAGUCUCUAUGAGGUAUAUUUGAUAGAACCUAAUACAUGUAUCACAUUUUAGUGGUAUUUCGUGUUGAUAAGAAAAUGAAUGCUUGUUGUCUAAUGAGGUCCAAUGAAGCGGGCCUCACCAAGUUAGAUACCAAGAUCUGAUUAUUAUGGUGAUUUAAUAAUGAUAUUUAUUAUUUUCAUUUGUUACAUUUAUAUUGUUGCUUGUAACAGUUGUUGAUUAUCAGGAUAUCCAUUUUUAAUAAAAUGUUUGCCUCCAGUUUUAAA